AUGGAUUUCGAGGAGUUUGACGUUGAUAUCGAGCGAAUCAUCAAAAAGUCAUCAACCAAUGCCUCAUCAUGCACUGUUACUGAGGCUUUGAACUGGAUUGAUUCAACCUGGUAUGCCCCUGCAAGUAAGAGUGCAAGGUGGAUGGACUUGAUCGGUGACUACGCCGGAGCAGAGCCCUUUGACAUUCCCUACUACAAUGCCGUACUUGACGAUCCUCUGCUCGCACUAGCGAAGGAUGACGACCCGUCAUUUCAAAUCAUCCACGGAAUCUAUUUAAUGGAACGCAUUCUAAACGAAUUCCGGAGGCGGUCUGCUAACUUCGAAAUUGUUUUCUUCAAUGCCAACCGACACCUAGUAUUACAAGCGGGCGGGUCGGAUUUUGCUGUCGCAUCUCGGGCGCUUGCUAGGAGGAUACUGUACAAGCACAUCCAUCUCUCCGAUAAAAAUUGGGUCGAUUAUCAUGUUCAGACAAAGCCAAUGUUUGUCAUGAUCAAUGACGGCGGUACACUGAAAGAAGGUGUCGAUGGACCGUUUGCCGCUCAUCAAGUACUCGCUCAACGGUUGUUCAUCUUCGAUUUGCUGGCUAGCGGAUUGGCAAUGGCGCCGCUCCACGGUGCUGAUUUCAAGGAUACCAAGAUCUUAUCUUUCGUGUUUGAAUCCAAGCUUCGCUUAAGCCAUCGAGGACGUAUCCCCAAUGCCGUUCUAUCCGCGGGCGUCACUGCCAGGGACGUUCUUGCUACUCAAGAACACGAGUCGUUUGAUCAAGUCCGCGACUGCGUCCUUGUCGAAGCACCAACGUCCCUGUCUUGCCUGGACCUCCGUACGAUCUUGACGGAUAUUGGAACGACAUAUCUUUUAGCAUUCAAAGGCGACACUCAGCCGUCGCUACUUGCCGUUUUCAUUAUCCACAUCCUUCUUCUCAAGAACAUCUCCAUCCAGGAUCGCGCCCGGCGCUUGGAGCCUAUGAAAUCUGACUUUUCCAAUUCAUUGACGAAAUCGUUUCUGCCCCGCAUUCUUCGAGCGACAGAAGCAGUUGUGGUAGCCAAAAACGUAUUCAUUGAGGUCGACACUCGUUCAUUCCUCUCGAUCCUGCGCUUUCUUUCGGAGCAUCAGGCUCAAUCGUUGACGGAGAUUCUUGGCCCAACUUUGGCAAAAGAUGCGGGCGAAAUCUUCUCUAAGUUGAAGCUCCCGGAGCUCAACUUUUCGUGUUUCAGCAUCUUUUUCCUUCCUCGUGGCUCAUAUGAGAUGCCAGUUCCGCUCAAGCUUCUUCCCUUUACCAACCGAGUAUUUGAUGAGGAACUUUCUGUCGUGCGCAUUGCCACGGAGGGCGUCGCAUGCCCCAAUCAGAUAGAACAUGACACGCUCUUCUCCGACACGCAGCAUUGGCACAACCAUAAAAAGGCCAUUCUGCCUAAGCACCUCGGAGGGGAUUCUGCAGCGCCGAUGACUGAAUGGCAGCGCAAUCGGAAGCUUCGUUCAGACCAGCGCUUCAUGAAGACUUUGCAUGACCAAGCCAGUACCUUGACAGGCGCAUCAGGAGCUGUUCUCGAACAAGUGAAGAUACUGUCCGUAGCCUCUCUUGCGAAUCAGCGCAUCACAAAACCCAAAGUUGUUCAUGCUCGUUCGUCGGGCAAAAAUGCCAGCAAGUUGUCGAAGGCCGAUGCUAUCCGCGAAAACAAUAUCGCCAAGAAGGAAUCAAAACAGGUAUCCGAGUCUGCAGCAUGGGUCGCGUCCCGCAUCCAAGAGAUGGAAAGCCUGGACAGCACUGGUCUCGAAAAGUACCUGCAAGCUCUUACCCGGAAUCCGCGAACUAGGGAGGCAUCGGUAGGCACGGAAAUUCGACUAUAUCGUAUGAACCGUCUUCUCCGAGAGUGGAUUUAUACCACUAAUCCAGACUCCUCGACGAGUCGCAACAAAUAUUCCUUGAUGCUCAUGCGUCUCGUCAAGGAAGUUUGGGAGAUUGGCUUUGGAACAAAAGAGAUCGCCAGCGUAAUCACGAGCGUUUUGAUUUCGCUCGGUUUCAACGACUACAUUGAUAAUCUCGUUAUCCCGGGUUCGACUGAUGACAGGGCGCUAACCUUUCGCUUCGUCAAGCUGCUCAAGACCAAGACUAAUACACCGAUCUACGAAUUUAUGCGAGUGCAGGAGCACCCUAUCGUGUGGCAACUCCAGUUUUUCGGGGAAUUCAUGGAUAGAAGCAUGGAUAGUCAGGCUGACAGAAGGGUACUCUUCAAGCCAGAUGCGUGGCAACGCGAAGUCCUUGAUGCGAUCGAUCAAAACAUGUCUCUUCUUGUCGUAGUUGCAGCUCCUACCAGUGCUGGGAAGACGUUCAUUUCUUAUUAUGCUAUGGAGAAGAUUCUCCGAGGAUCAGAUGACGGCAUCCUGGUUUAUAUUGCACCGACGAAAGCCCUUGUUGCUCAAGUUGCAGCCGAGAUUUAUGCUAGGUUUAGCAAGGAUCUCAACGGUCGUGGCUGCUGGGCGAUUCAUUCCCGUGACUACAAGGUCCAUGAUCCGCAGAACUGCCAAAUCCUUGUCACUGUCCCUGAGAUCCUAGCAAUCAUGCUUUUAUCGCCUCUACUUGCUAAGACGUGGACCCCCCGGCUCAGAUAUGUCAUUCUGGACGAAAUACAUACCAUCGGACAGCAGGAGGGCGGAGCUGUCUGGGAACAGAUUCUGCUCCUAUCGCCCUGUCCUAUCAUAGGUCUAUCUGCCACGGUCGGAGCACCGGAAAGAUUUAACGAAUGGCUGGAGAGUGUUCAGAAAGCGGGGGGGUUCCACCACAAGUUCGUGCAUUAUCCUCAUCGGUAUUCGCAUUUGCGGAAAUUCUUCUACAACAUCCACGAUACGCCAAGAGAUGCUUUCCAAGGCCUUUCAACAUACAAGUCUACGGAAAGGAUGCGAUUCCUGCAUCCGCUGUCUAUGCUUUCCUUCGGUGCACGUUCUCUCCCCUCUGAUCUAGCACUGGAAGCGGCGGAUGCAUUGAAUUUAUAUCGUGCUCUAAGUGCAUGCACAGCCCUGGAUCCUUCUGUUCUCGCUACCCUCGAUCCAGUGUCAUCUUUACCCUCUCGUAAACUACUUCAGCAAAAGGAUGUUAUCCGUUAUGAAGAGGUUCUUAAACAGCACCUUACUCCGUUAUUGUCCUCCUUCGAUUCGCGAGACCCCGGGACGCCGUUGUCGCGCGUCAUCACUCACCUUCAAGAUGAUGUUUUAUCUCACGUCCCAGACGACGUGUUGAACUCUCAACCCGACCGUGACGCAUGUGGUCUCAAUCUCAUUCGUCUGGUCGCCGAUCUUCAUGCGCAAGGGGACCUCCCUGCUAUCUUCUUCUCAUUUGAUCGAAGCGAUUGUGAACACAUGACCCAAAUUUUGGACGACGUGCUCCAGACCCAGGAAGACGAAUGGCGUGAAAACAGUCCUGAAUGGAAACACAAAUUGGCGCAAUAUGAUGCAUACCUUGAAGGCGCAAAAGAGCGCGAACGCAAAGCCGCGAGAGCAUCGAAGCGCAAGGGUGAUGCAGAGGAUGAGCACGUUGACACGAGCGAAUGGCAGGCAUCCUUUAGACCUGAUGAUCCCCUACCAGACUUCUCGUUCGCUGGUCAAAGUACAGUCCCGCCUCCCCCUGAAUGGGCAUUGAAAUCUCUGAGACGUGGUAUUGCUGUCCAUCAUGCCGGUAUGAACAGAGGGUAUCGCUCUUUGGUUGAGAGUCUCUUUCGUCGUGGUUUCAUACGCAUAAUUUUUGCAACGGGCACUCUUGCCUUGGGUAUCAACGCCCCGACAAAAACUUCGGUUUUCUGUGGAGAUUCGCCCUUCCUCACCGCACUGAUGUAUCGACAAUGUGCGGGACGCGCUGGUCGGCGAGGAUAUGACCUCCUUGGAAAAGUCGUAUUCUAUGGUCUUUCAAUGAGCAGAGUGCAGCGACUCGUGCUUUCAAAACUGCCCUCCCUUGCUGCCGGUUUCCCAGUAACAUCAACUCUCAUCGUGCGCUUAUUCAAUCUGCUGGAGGGUUCUGAUUACUCCACAAUCGCUGUCGCCGCUAUACAAAGGCUCCUCCGCCUCUCACAAGUCAGUUUUGGCUCGGAGGAAGGAAAAUACCAACUUUUGCAUCAUCUGCGUUUCUCGAUCGACUACUUGCGUCGUGCUCGUUUGCUCGACGAGCAAGGGAAGCCGCUCAACCUUUUUGGAAUAGCCGCACAACUGUAUUACACAGAACCUAGCAACUUGGCCCUAGUUGCUCUGCUUCGCAGCGGUGUGAUCCAUAAGAUUUGUGCGCAACCUAGCCUGAGGCUUGCAAAACGUGACUUCAUACUGCUGAUGGCCCACCUCUUUGGACGGCGGUACUUGCCUCCUGCUUACAUGACAGAGAAGUACAUCAUGGAUGUCGUGAAGAAGUCCCCGUCAAUGGUCAUGAUGCCACCGCUGUCUAAGGCAGCCCGUGAAGUGCUGAUAGAGCAAGACCGCGAAAUCCUCGAGAUCUUCACCGGAUAUGCUCUGACCUAUGGGUCCCAGCACGACGACAACCUCGGGCCUGACCAUAUCCUACCUCUUAGCAAAAGAGAGAUCUCGGGUAUCGCGGAAGAUGAACCGUCGCUCAUUCGCGACUAUCUGCGCCGUACUGCGAUCCGUGUUGUCGCACGGUCGCUCUUCGUGGCUAACUCAGGCCACGACGAUCACUUUGACAGUGUUCACGACCUCGCUCGAACGGCUCGACGUGGAAUGAACCUGAACGAACACAUCAUCCCAUCGUUCGAAGGUAUCACCAGGCAAAGUAACCAAGGAGACGGCGACUACGCGCUGAAUGCAUACAUCCUCGACUUCUAUAUGCAUGGACAGGUGGCAGCUCUUGCCGCUGCGAAUGCAAUCAGACGGGGCGAUGUUUGGUUUUUGUUGCAGGAGUUUGAUCUCACGUUGAUGAGUGUACGUGGGGUACUUGAGCAACUUCUUCUAAAGAGGGCCGCGGGCGAAAAAGAUGCGAUGCCUGAGGAUGAAGACCUUGGUGAGGAAGUGGACAGCAAAUGCGCGUCGCUUGGGUGGGAGGAUGAGGAUGAAGAGGAAGAGGAAUCUGAUAAACAGGAGCAGGGGAGGCAGGAAACGACUCGUGAUUCGCAAGGACCGCGUGGUGCGUCGAGUGCAGACUGGAGAGUUUUCAAAGUGGUCAGCGGUGCGCUCGAAGAGUUCCAUGAAAAGUUUAAGGCUAUGUGGGCUUAA